AUGGAGAUUGUGUACGUAUACGUGAAGAAACGCAGUGAGUUUGGGAAGCAAUGCAACUUCUCCGACCGCCAGGCAGAGCUGAACAUCGACAUCCCGCCCAACCCCGAGCUGGCCGAGCAGUUUGUAGAGCGGAACCCGGUGGACACGGGCAUCCAGUGCUCCACCAGCAUGUCGGAACAUGAGGCCAACACAGAGCGCUUUGAGAUGGAAACCCGGGGGAUUAACCACAUCGAGGGCGGCUGGCCCAAGGACGUGAACCCCCUGGAGCUGGAGCAGACGAUCCGCUUCCGGAAGAAGGUGGAGAAGGACGAAAACUACAUCAACGCCGUCCUGCAGCUGGGCUCAAUCAUGGAGCAUUGUAUCAAGCAGAAUAACGCCAUCGACAUCUACCAGGAGUAUUUUGAUGACGAGGAUGCGGUGGAGGUGACAGACGAGGCCCCCUCAGCUAAAACCAUCAAUGUCUUCAGGGACCCCCAGGAAAUUAAGCGGCCAGCCACACACGUCUCCUGGCAUCCCGAUGGCAACAGGAAGUUGGCAGUGGCAUAUUCUUGCUUGAACUUUCAACGGGCGCCCGAGGGCAUGAGCAACGAAUCGUACAUCUGGGACCUGGAAAACCCCAACAGGCCAGAAAUUACCCUAAAGCCGUCUUCUCCUCUUGUCACCUUGGAGUAUAACCCCAAAGAUUCCCACGUGCUCCUGGCAGGCUGCUACAAUGGGCAGAUCGCCUGCUGGGACACGCGGAAGGGCAGCCUGGUGGCAGAGCUGUCCACCAUCGAGUUCAGCCACCGAGACCCUGUGUACGGCACCAUCUGGCUGCAGUCGAAGACGGGCACGGAGUGUUUCUCGGCGUCCACGGACGGGCAGGUCAUGUGGUGGGACAUCCGGAAGUUGAGCGAGCCCACCGAGGUCCUCAUCAUGGACAUCACCAAAAAGGAGCAUCUGGAGAACGCCUUGGGGGCCAUCUCCCUGGAAUUCGAGUCCACUCUGCCGACCAAGUUCAUGGUGGGCACCGAGCAAGGCGUCGUCAUCUCCUGCAACCGCAAGGGCAAGACGCCGGCCGAGAAGAUCGUGUGCACCUUCUCAGGCCACCACGGCCCCAUCUACGCCCUGCAGAGAAACCCGUUCUACCCGAAGAACUUCCUGACCGUCGGCGACUGGACCGCCCGCAUCUGGUCAGAGGACAGCCGGGAGUCGUCCAUCAUGUGGACCAAAUACCACAUGGCCUAUCUCACUGAUGGCGCCUGGAGCCCCGUGAGGCCGGCAGUUUUCUUCACCACCAAGAUGGACGGGACCUUGGACAUCUGGGACUUUGUGUUCAAGCAGUGCGACCCUGCCCUCAGCCUGAAGGUCUGUGACGAAGCCCUCUUCUGCCUCCGGGUGCAAGACAAUGGGUGCUUCAUCGCCUGCGGCUCCCAGCUGGGGACGACCACGCUGCUGGAGGUCUCCAACGGGCUGUGCACCCUCCAGAGAAAUGAGAAGAACACGGCUUCUGCGAUAUUCGAGCGUGAGACGCGGCGGGAGAAGAUCCUGGAAGCCAGGCACCGUGAGAUGCGCCUGAAGGAGAAGGGCAAGGCUGAGGGCCGGGAUGACGAGCUGAGGGAUGAGCCGCCUGUCUUGAACCUGGAGGAGCUGGUCACCAAGGCCGAGGAGGAGUUCUUUGACAUCAUCUUCACGGAGCUGAAGAAGAAGGAGGCGGAAGCCAUGAAGAAGCAGCCCAAAUCUCUGAAACAGCCAAGCCAGGACACAGAUGAGGAAGUGCAAGGAGAGGAAGAAGCAGAGGAAGAAAGAGGCGACGGCGAAGGGGAGGAAGGAGGCAGUGGAGAGAGUCCAGCGCUGGGAGGUCAGCCCUGA